AGCCUGUUGCCUGGCAGUCAUGAUGAACAGUCUGAUGCUUUAACUGUGCUCUUAACGGGCCGUCCUGUGUGUUUUGGGGAGGUGGGGACUGGACACAGAGAUUUGGGGAGGGAUGAACUGACCGCUCCGCUCAUGUGACAGUCUGAGCGCGAGCAGCAUGUGCGCGUUGCGCCUUUGACUCGGACCGGUGACUCGGAGGCUUUGACGACUGCAAGAAAGAGAGUCCGAAGGAUUCUGAGGAUAUAACGCAGAUGAACAUAAUGCUAUGCAGGGCUCUUUGAUCGUUUCUCAUCAUAUUAUUACAAGAGAACCAUGAGCACUGUGGAGGAGGAACCGGACCACAUGAUACCAUGAAGAGAAGUCUGCAGGUUCUGCCCCACCAGCUGCUGAGUGUGUUCCUGAUUCUGUCAAUGCCAGUUGGGCUGGCGUUCUCCUCAGAGAAGCUUCACCCCAGCCAAACACUUCUGGACUUUGUCUCCAUGUCACCGAGGAGCAGAACUCUCUCACCAGUGCCCUCGAGCUGGCAAGACAGUUCCAGCAGUGGGGAGCUGCACGACCAAGCUUUGCCCAAUCUUGAGGCCAUCCACAGAAGCACUGUCCACACACUACAGACACCGAGGACAACUGUACCUUCUGCCAAAAUCCAGGAUAUUCCUGAAACAGACGGUUUUACAACAGCAUGGGUCAAUAAGGUCUACCCUACACUCGCUUUUAUUCCCAGAGACCAGAAACCAUCUAGAAUCCCUCAUUUAGAGAAAGCAGACGCACCCAAGCUGACCACUAAAACAGAAGCCCUGAACUUUAGCACUAAUAGCAGCAGAGAGCAGAUCAACGGCACUGGACUGGACAAUGGAAAUCAGGCCACAAAUCCUGGCUAUGGACAAUCUUUUUUCUCAGGGACUGAAACCAAUGUGGCCCCUGGUGCCAAACAUCCAUCAUCUCUUUUAUCAUCUUCAUCAUUUUCAGCUGCCAGAACUCACAAAGAUCAAAACACUGAUGAGUCGGCUCCACACCACCACGUCAUCACAUCUCGUGAGGUAUCUUCAAAUGAAAAAACAACGCUCCCUUCGAAAACAGUGGGAGAUGCAUUGCCACAAACUGAACUCCGGUCUCCAUCCCCAGCCCCGUCCUCCAAACACAUAACAACAUCCAACGUCACUCUGUUAGCUGACAGCGGAAUAUCUGUCGAAAACAAGUUGGACGCGAACACGACCGCUGAGUCUUUUCAGCCCCUGCCUGAUGUCUCAGACAUUAUCAACAGCACAGAUGCCUCAUGGCCCGCAGCGAAUGAUUCAGACGUCUCGAAGACACCUUCCACAGAGAGCGGGAGCUUCAUGAACAGACAGGUCCCAGCCACCACGCAAGGACCGUUGGGGUCCGGUAACCAGUCAGGUCCUGCGCUGGCUCCUCCUCAUGAAAAAAACACCAUCUGCCUGGACAAAAUGGACAUUGUGUGGUUGGUUCUUGUCAUAAGUGUGCCUGUUUCUUCAUGCUCUGUGUUGUUGACCGUAUGCUGUAUGAGGAGAAAAAAGAAGUCUGCCUCUCAGGAGAACAACUUGAGCUACUGGAAUGACGCUAUCACUAUGGAUUACUUCAGUCGCCAUGCUGUGGAGCUGCCACGCGAGAUACAAUCACUGGAGACAGCUGAGGACCAAGAGACGUUCCUGCCCCCUAACGGCGACUACAGCGACAGCGGCGUGGUUCUAGUUAACCCUUUUUGUCAAGAGACUCUUUUUAUCAAUAGAGACAAAGCCUCUGACAUCUAGACGCACUGUCUGGCCAUUAUUGACAGCAUCAGAUGGAGACAAAAUCAAUGCGGAUUUCUCAUCCCUGCUUGCUUUUUUUAAGAAUACAUAAAUAUAUAUAUAAAUAAAUCUAUAUAAAGAUACAAACAGUAUAUGUGGUGAACCUUCACAGAUUGUGGUUUAUAUAUGAAACAGAUUUCAAGGAGCUGAAAGAAUAUAAGCAAAAAGAACAAAUGCUAUUUAGUAUGAAGGGAAACCCUGCGAUAUUUUUCUGAUGUGGAUUUUUUACAGACGCUUAAUUGUGAUAAGGGUUUUUAUGUCCUUUUGAAUAAAACCAGUAAGUGUGGUUUCUUUUAUGUUCCAGUGGCUUUGGAUAUACGCAGAAUGCUGAGAAAAAUGAUGUGUGCUGAAAGGAUGUUUGUGUGACCCGUAACACUUAAUAUGAUUACUUAAAAAGCCUGCCGCACUUGAAUUCUGUAUGUAAGGCGAUGUGGGGGUAAAGGGCAUUGAUUCUGGAAGGGUUCUGAAAUGGGUUCACUGGGUUGCCAUGGUAACCAUCGCUUCACUCAUGGAUGAGCUUGAGUAGAGUGUGUGUUUUAGCUGGAGGAAGCAUCAUGACAACGAAAUUUUGAGUCACCAGCCAAAGGACAAAAUGAAAUGUCACGAUAUGUUCACUGUUUUGUGUGCUUGUAUGUGUCUUGUUGCAUGCAUCCUUCCUGAUUUGAAGUGUAUGUGUGUCUUUAAACAAGAUAUCAAAUGGAUUUUCAUUUAUAAUAUCCUUUAGUUGUUAUAUACACACUAAAAUGACUUAAUACAGUUGCACAAACAAUUAAACAAUGCCGGUGAAAUGCCUCAUACAGUAUAAAGUUAUUUGUAUGGUAAUGUUACAUGCUCUAAAUAUCAUCUCUGGUAAAUUGUUUGAAUGUGUUUGUGUUCAACUUCUAUAAGCAGAACUUACAUUAGUGCAAAUGCAUUCUGUUUUAUUAAACCAUUAUAUUUCUUUAUUUGCGAUGUCAUGCUCUGAAGAAAAUGGCACUACUAUUGCUUGAGAGGUUGGCGAUAUAUACAUAUUUUUUUUGUUAUAAUUCAUUUUUAUUGUAAAGGGUGUGAAUAUGUGCGCUUGUGGUUCUGUAUGUUUGUCUAUUUCUGUCCGUCGUGUGUGUGUGCAUUGAAUUAUGCUGUUUUAUGAGAAUAAAUGAGACCAAAAUCGA